ACAAAAUGAACCUCGCCCUUCUCAUCGCCCUCCUGGCCGCAGGCGCAGCCCAUGGUGCAGUUCCCCAGAAUGUCUGGCAGUUCCGUAACAUGAUCAAAUGCACCAUUCCUUCCAGUGACCCCCUGUUUGAUUACAAUGACUACGGCUGUUACUGUGGCUUGGGGGGCAGUGGGACCCCAGUAGAUGCUCUGGACAUGUGCUGCCAGAUCCACGACAACUGCUACUCUGCGGCCAAGAAGCACCCAGACUGUAUAUUCAUCCUGGACAACCCCUACACAAAGACCUACUCUUACACCUGCACCGGCAACAAAAUCACCUGCAGCGAAAAGAACAAUGUAUGUGAAGCGUUCAUCUGCAACUGUGACCGCAGCGCUGCCAUCUGUUUUGCGGGAGCACCAUACAACCCGGACUACAAAAAACUGGAUACCAGCACAUUCUGCAAGUGA